AUGCCUGAAUCAAGGAAUUAUUCUCUAGGCAUGAAUACAUCAUCAGGACGAUUUUCAUCUGAUAGUCGUUCAUCAGCCAAAGAUAACCAAAAAUAUGAAAACGAAGAAGUAGCUGACCAUGAAAAUAAAAGAAACACAAUUAUUACUGAAGUCCCUGAGAUAAUUACCACGGAACAAACUCUCUCAUUUAAACCUUAUCUAUCAUUUGAUAGCCUAUUAAUGGACAGUCAUGCCUGGAAAAGGCGAGUAAGAAAUGAAAAGCUGAGAAGACAGUUUUUUCUAUUGGUUACAUUUAUUCUAUUACUAGUAUUCAUACUAUCUCAUCUACCGAUUAUAAUCUGGAAAACAUGGAAAUUUCAACAGCUAGAAAUGAAAAUUGAACAAAUGAAUAAACAUUUAGCACUGGAUCGUGAUAUUCAUGCUGCAUGCAUAAUAACUAAUUGUGCUACCUUAUGUCCAGAAGUAACAAAUAUCACAGGCUGGUAUACAUUACAUAAUCUACCGUAUGCAACAUUACCGCAUCAGAAUGCUUAUUUUGCUGAGUCGACUACACCGUAUACAUUUGAAGAAUGUUAUUUAGCCUAUUGGCAUAGUGUAUCAAAGUAUAAAAGAAAAUUUAAAGAUGGAAGAAUACAAUUUUUCGGUCGUGAAGAAUACGAUGAUGAUGAUACAGAGUGUGCACAGCUAAGAUUGCGUAAUAAUUCACAAGAGAAAAUACCUAUCGGAAAACCACAUUCAUGUUUAACUCUAAGCUUUCAUUACCCUCUAUACAAUAAGGGAGAAAAUAAAAGACUGUUACCAAUUGUAGUUUAUAUUGGUGGAGAUUAUCUGUUAAAUCAUAGACCAAGAUUAAUUUCAACAAGAAUGGCUGCUACAUUAGAAAUUAUUUAUAUAACAGUAAACUAUAGACUUGGUAUAUUUGGUUUCUCUGAUUUUAACUUACAUAUAUCUGGUGCAAAUAAUGGUGUGAAAGAUGUACGCGAAGCGUUAACAUGGAUACAGACGUAUGGACGUUUAUUUUCAGGGAAUACAUCAUCGGUUAUGAUUUAUGGAGAGAAUUCUGGAGCAACAAUUGGUGCUGUUCUGUUGGCGUCAAGUAAAACUGAUAUGAUUUAUGUAAAUGGAAGAUGGGUUGCUCCAUUCACACAUAUGUGGUUAUCCGAUGGUUCAGUAAUUAUUCCUCGAACAGAAGAACACGAUGAUCACUUUAAAAUACUCAUAAUGAAUGAUCCAGAUUUAAAAAAAGCAUGUGAUCAAUGGUUAAAUGAAAAUUUGGAAGAGAAAAACUAUAUUGAACGUAGUCAUCCAUUAGGUAAAAUGUAUCAAUGUCUAUCGAAAGUAACCGUGAAUGAUUGGUUGAAAAAAACACCCAUCAACUGGAUUUAUUCAAAGCUUACUGAUGAAAAUAAAUUACCAAGUCCUAAUGAACAUCGUAGUACAAUUAUAAAACGUGAUGAAGGCAAAUCAAAAGUCUACUGUCCACUGUGUAUAUUAACAACAUCAAAGUCUACUGAAGAUAUCACCAGUGUUAAUGAUUAUAAUGAUAAUGAUGACAAAACUAAGCAGAAAAAAAUCAAUAAACUACGUUCUAUUCCAUUAGUCUUAUUCUCCUCAUUGAAUUGGCCAGUUCAACAUCAUCUUCCAGUGAAUAAUUCCCAUGAACACUAUACACUAAAACAAGUUGAAACUAGUAUUAAAGAAACUUUUGAUACUCUUCAUAGAAUGAAUAAUAAAUUACCAAAAUCAAAUUUAAUCUGGAAUAUUUAUAAGCCCUAUUUAAACAAACUAAUAUCUCAACGUAAAAUUGAUCAAAUUAUUGAACAUAUUAAUUAUAAACAAUUACAUGAUGCAAUCCGUGUAGAUUUACGUGUUACAUGCUUAUACAAUUUAUACGGGAAAAUGUUAAAGUCAUCUGUGAAACACUUCAGUAGAAAUGCAUCAAUAUUUCGUCUACUGAAUCGUAUUCCACCUUAUUACUAUAUUAAUAAUAAUAAUGAUAAAUGUGAUAUACCCUUCUUUCUGACUGAUAGUCAAUUUAAUUGUGGUAGAAAUACUCGUCCAGCAAUACAAAAACCAAAUCCAAAUGAUCAACAAAUAUUGCUUGAUAUCUUUAAACAAUUCGCUGAUGACCAGUACAUAUAUGAUGCCUUAGAAUUACCAAAAACUAGAAGUAUGGGCGUGCAUCAUGUACAAGCGUAUAAUGUCAUCAGUGAACAAGGCAUUGUUACACUAGGCGAAAGAGAGAUUAUGCUGCUGUCAGCCUGUGGGGCCUGGUUAAUGGAUGACAUUGAUAAGUAUAAUGAGGAUAGUUUCAAUCAUAUGCUAAAAUAUGGUAAAUAUAAUUAA